UCUAUAACUAUGGGAAGUGACAGGCUCUGAAUACAGCUUCAGGUCAAUGCAACAGUUUUUAUUCUUUAGUGGCAAUAUCAACGGAGCCCAGCUCUACUGGGAGAGCUGGAGAAACUCACCACCUUGAUUCUGGACUGCAACAACUACACGUCACAUGUGAAGUUCCCAUUCAUGCCCAGUGUCACAACGGUGUGGAUAAACAAAAACAAAAUAAAAAACCUGCCCACAUUUGUCGAAGAAGUAAGAAGGAAGUUCCCUAACAUCAGAAUUCUCAGUAUGAUGAACAACGAAGCUGCACCAAGUUAUUUUAAUGGAGGGAGUCUGUGUCAGUAUCUGGAUUACAGACAGUAUGUUAUCAGCCAGAUCCCAGGUUUGGAGGUGCUGGAUGACAAAGAAGUUUUGGAAGAGGAGCGCAUUGAAGCUCAAAACGUGUAUAAGCUCCAGAGAUCAAGUGUGUUCAAGAAGAAAAAGACAUAAGAAAAUAACCCCAGCUCAGGCUGAUCUUCGCAAUCUUCAUACUUCAUACUUCAUACGUCAUACUGCCCUACAGUCUGCAGCAGCCAUGCAGAAGUAUACAUACUGGGUACACCAGUAUGUAUAAAUAAUAAUGGCACCUUGUUUGUUAUGUGCAUCCCCCUUGCUGUAAUGUGCUCUAAAAAAUAUAUUCGAGACCUAUCCUAGCAGAGUAUUAAUUGAUCAAAUCAACCCCUUACAGCUUAAACUUUUAACAGUGCUUGUAUGCUUUUAAAAAAAGGUUAUUUUGCAUAAUCUAUUUAUUCAUUCUUUUCUUUUCCCUGUUUUCCUUAUUUUAAAAUUCCUUCUACCAAAAGUUUGGCUUUAGAUAUCACGUUAAACCAAGCAUCGACUGUGGCCUUAAUUUAAAAAAUAUAUAUUUAUCAGUUAACUGAUUUUCAAUUUGGAACUAAGUGAUCUUUCCUAGACCUGCAGGUCUGCAGUAUUGAAAGAGUGAGUUAAAGGCUGUUUUUAAAAGAGCGUUUCUAAAGAAAUCAUGAAAAUCACUCUUUAUUGUAUUCUGUUAAAAUAUCUCUCUUUUACAGACAGCAACCCUGCUCUUUCCUCCAAACACUCUGCAGCCACAAAAAAACCACACCCGAAAAAGAAUCACCCCAGAAAAAGGAACCACACCCGAAAAAGAAUCACCCCAGAAAAAGGAACCACACCCUUCCCAGGAAGUAAUAGCCAUAUUUAAAGAGCUCCCAAUUAAGAUACUUAAAUA